AUGAAUUUCUUAAGAAAAGGAAAUAAUACUCCUUUGAGAGUAAACUAGAAUUAAGAUAAAACCCUUUUGCAUCUACCUAAUAUUUUUUUAUUUCAAUAAUCUCCAGAACGAAGAUCUAUUCACUAAAAUAAAAGUUAGAAUCAGAAAUAUGUAUUGAAGAAAUUAGAUUUGUCAACUAAUACAGUUGACUUAAAAUCUGAUAGAACUAAAUAAUUGAUAGGGAAUUUAUCUUAUUAAACAAGAACAUUAAGUGGAUUAAACAUAAAUAAUUAGCAAAAGAUCAAUCAGGAUUCUUAUUUAAUUUUAAAAGAUUUAGAAUACAAAUUAUUUGGUAUUUAUGAUGGUCAUGGCAGAUUUGGGCAUUUGGUUUCUUCAUUUAUGAAAUUUAAUUUAGAAAGUAUAGAAAAUGUUUAAGUUUAUUUAGAAUUUAUAAAUAGUUAGACAGGGAAUAUAGAAGAAAUGAAGGUAGCAUAUGAAUAAGUAAAUAAUAAAUUACUAGAGUCAAAUAUAGACACAUAAUUAUCAGGUAAUAAUAAAUAAGAAUGAGGAUCGACUGGCAUAAGUGUACAUAUAAAUGGAUAACACUUAUUUUGUUGUAAUGUAGGAGAUUCGAAAGCCAUAUUAGGAAGAAGACAAUUAUUGAAUAAAUAUUAAGCCAUAAAAUUGAAUAAGUUACAUAAACCAAUAGGACAAGAGAGGGAUAGGAUUAUAAAAUUUGGAGGAAGAGUAGAAUGUAAUAGAGGUAUAAAAUGAAUUAAAUAAAUAGAUUUAUAUGGAAGACCUAAAAGUCCUUUGAGAAUAUGGAUGUUAAAUGAGGAUCUGCCAGGUUUGGCAAUGACGAGAUCUUUUGGAGAUAAAAUGGGUAUCAAAGCUGGGAUAAUUGCAAUACCAGAUAUCAUAGAAGUAUUAUUAACUAAGGAUGAUCAUUUUAUUUUAAUAGGAAGUGAUGGAUUAUUUGAACAUCUAAAUGAAGACGAUGUAAAAAUUAUAUAUACUAAAUAUUAGAUAUGUAAAUUAAUUAGUAGAUACUAUCCAUUAUAAAUAGAAAAAGCUGCAGAUAUGUUAAUGUUAGAAGCAUAAAAGUCUUGGAAAUCAUUUUGUCUAGGCAGAGAUGAUAUUACAUUCAUAUUAAUCUUUAGAUUUACUUGA